AUGAGUGGAAAAGAUCUAGUGAGUUCAUCAACUUCUGAUCAUGAAGGAAGAAUGUCCCCGUAUUAUCUUGCACCUGCGGACAAUCCAGCAACUUCGAUCUCUCAUGUGGUGCUCACAGGGGAGAACUAUGCUGAGUGGGCGUUAGAACUCGAAAACGCCUUGCGUGCCAAGCGAAAAAUAGGGUUUGUCAAUGGAAGCUUGAAGAUUCCAGAUGAAACGGAGAAGCCGGUGGAAGCUGAGAUGUGGAGAACAGUGAACUCCAUGAUCGUGGGGUGGAUCAGGGCCUCGAUCUCUCCGGUGUUGCGAUCAACGGUUCCCUUCUCUCCUGAUGCGUGCAAGAUGUGGUCGGAGCUGAAGAAACGCUUCUCGGUGGGGAGCGCUGUACGUGUACAUCAGCUCAAGGCGGAGUUGGCUUCAUGUAAACAAGAUGGAUCCAGUGUUAUGGACUAUUUUGGAAGAUUAUCUCAAAAGUGGGAGGAGCUGUUGAGUUGCAAGCCGAUUCCUAAGUGUAUGUGUGAUGCGGCUGACGUGUAUGUCAAGGAAUAUGAAGAGGAAAAGGUUCAUCAGUUUCUUAUGGGGCUAGAUGAAACAAGGUUUAGCAAUGUCUGCGCUAACAUUAUUGGUUUGGAGGUGCUUCCUGAUCUUAACUCGACAUAUCAAAGAAUAGUUCGAGAAGAGAAGAGACUUGGGGGAGUGCGUCUUGAAACUAAGGAGGCACCGGUAGGUUUCGUAGCGAAGACAAUGCAGAGAGAAGGAGAAGAAGGAGUGGCCAGAGGUCGUAACUCUAUCAUCUGUGGGAACUGCGGUCGCACCGGGCACGAGAAGAAGGAGUGUUGGCAAAUUAUUGGCUUUCCGGAGUGGUUUACUGAGAGGAAUCAGGCGAGUGGAAGAGGAUCACAAGUGACACAGCUGAGUGCAGAGCAGUGGGCAUCUCUCGCCUCGUUGCUUGAAAGCCAGAAGCCAUCACCUAUUCCAGACAAGUUAAACGGUAUGGUACAAACUGGUGAAGUUAUCAUUGACACUGGGGCAUCACAUCACAUGACAGGGGAUGUUUUCUUACUGAGCAAUGUCCGGAGUAUUAUACCCUGUCCUGUGAGCUUCGCUGAUGGGAGUCAUGUGAUGGCUACCAAGAGUGGUAGUUUGCGGUUGUCGGUGAAACUGACUUUGGAGAAUGUUCUCUUUGUCCCAAAUUUGAAUUACCUUUGGGGUCCUUAUAGAGUACCAUCUUCGUGUGGAGCCGUUUACUUUCUUACGAUUGUGGAUGACUUUUCCAGGGCUGUCUGGAUUCAUCUCCUGCUAGAGAAAAGCGAAGUCAAAACAGUUCUUCCGAACUUCAUUGCUCUUGCAGCUCGUCAGUUUAGCAAGACGGAGAAGAUCGUGAGAAGCGAUAAUGGGAGUGAGUUCAUGUGCCUUUCUAAGUACUUUGCAGAAGCAGGGAUCGUGCAUCAGACUUCAUGUGUGGCGACACCCCAACAGAAUGGACGUGUGGAGAGAAAGCAUCGCCACAUUUUGAAUGUGGCCAGAUCGAUCCUGUUUCAGGCUAAUCUUCCUGUAAGGUUUUGGGGAGAGAGUGUGUUGACGGCAGCUCACCUUAUAAAUAGAACACCAACAAAAUUGCUCAAAGGUAAAUCACCGUAUGAAUGUUUGUACGGAAAACCUCCUUCGUAUGAUGAUAUCAAGAUAUUUGGGUGCUUGUGCUUGUGCUUUGCGCACAAGUCAAGGAGAGAUAAGGAUAAGUUUGGAGUACGCAGUGCGAGGUGUGUGUUCGUGGGAUAUCCUUACGCAAAGAAAGGUUGGAAGUUGUAUGAUCUAGACAAGGAUGAGUUCUUUGUCUCAAGGGAUGUGGUGUUAGAUGAGGAAGUGUAUCCUUAUGCCGAGAAGAGAGUAACGCCUGCAACACCAGUGGUGCCUCAGGUGGGGUGUGAACUUUACAAUGAGGAAGAGCAGGGGGAUUUGAUAGUUGACAUAGAGAGAAGUUCUGAAGUUACCGACCAGAUAGCGGUAGGCAGUGAACAUAUUGUGUCUGAUAUUACCGAGAGGAUUGCAGAGACGGUAGGGAGUGAAGUUGAGAAACAGAGUAUUCAGGGGGAGAGUGAAGAGCUCUUGGGCCGUGGCCAUAGGAGAUCGAUCCCAUCAGUUAAGCUGCGCGACUAUGUUACAUAUAAUGCUCAAAUGUGCCCCGAUAAACAUAACACAGUCACCGGUCUGCAGUCAGAGGCCUCUACGAACUGGUCAGGUAAGAAACAAUCCUUGUAUCCUAUCACAGAUUAUGUGACUGAUGAUUUAUUCUCAGACCACCAUCAAGCAUUUCUUGCAGCGGUCAGUGCAGGUGUGAUACCGAAAAAUUACAAAGAAGCGUUUGGAGAUAAGCGAUGGAACAAAGCAGUGAAAGGAGAAGUAAUUGCGCUUGAGCUUAGCAGGACAUGGGAUGUGGUUGAUCUUCCUGCAGGAAAGAAAGCUAUAUGA